UGUAGCACUGAUGGAGAGAGGCGUUAUAACAACAAUCUGCAUUUAACAUAAAGCGUUAGUCACCGUCUAAAGUCCGCGAUAAGCAACCUGUGUAAUCAAUUACCUGACUACACAUCGUAUUCCAAACACUUUUAUAAACCUAUUAUCUUUCAACUCACAGAUUCUUCUUCAAUUAAUAGUUAAUAGAACUCCGUAGAGUUAGAGUUAGCAACCGUCAUAAUUCAAGUUUUGGAUCAUUCAUGGACUUGCACCAUCAAGAUGGUACCCAUCAAGAACAUUAUUGGAGUUGCAAUGGAGCGUUUGCAAGGUCGUGUCGCUUUAGUAACCGGGGCAUCUGCAGGCAUCGGAGCUGCGUUAUGUAGCGAGUUAUGCCGACAAGGAAUGCGGGUCGUGGGGUGCGCCCGAAAUGCCCAAAAGAUUCGAGAGAUAGCGGAAGAAGAAACGAAACAUGGAAGUCCUGGAUCCAUUUACACUAUCAAGUGCGAUCUAACCCAAGAAUCCGAUAUUUUGUCGAUGUUCGAUGAGAUACGCCGGACAUUUGGCCGGUUGGAUAUUUGCAUUAACAACGCCGGAUUAAGUCACGAUGCCUCUUUACUCGACGGUGCUACAUCUGAAUGGAAAAAUAUGAUAGAUGUAAAUGUUUUGGCACUCUGCAUUUGUACCCGAGAAGCCGUUAAAUUGAUGAAAGAAGCAAAAGUGGAUGAUGGACAAAUAAUUCACAUCAGCAGCAUGUCUGGACACCGCAUUCCAGAAAUGACGUCAUUCAUGUACGUUGGUACUAAGUUCAUGGUCCGGGCUCUAACAGAAGGACUCAGAAGAGAGCUGAAAGCAGACGGAAGUCGCAUACGAGUUGCAAGUAUCAGUCCAGGAUUAGUGGAAACCGAAUUCGAAUACAGAUGCUUCAAGAACGAUCCUGAAACAGCGAAAUCCAUUUAUACGACUAUAAAAUGUCUCGAACCGGAAGACAUUGUGCAGUCUGUCCUCUACAUCCUCGCCGCUCCUCCCAGAGUGGAAGUGCAUGAUAUUCUACUCAGACCCCUAGAGCAAAAAGUGUGACAGUGCCGAACAACUAUCUGAAAAAAACUACUGUAAUAAAACUAAUCGUUUUUUAAUGACAAUUAGUUAUUAUUUUUAUUAAUCAACUUCUUCGGACAUUGCGUUUUUUAUUUCUUGACAAUUCAACCCUAAAUCUUAAAUAAUUUAUCCAGUUUUUGAUUCCAUGUGUUAAGUAUCAAAACACAUCAAAAAAUUAUCAAAAUAUUUGAUAAUGUAUAGAUCAAAAUGCUUGCUACGUAUCUGUUUGAUAGUAAACUUUACGUCAAUGUCUUCUGCAGCUCUACUAACAAUCUCUCUUUAUUUUGCAUAG